AUGAGCUCCUCCACCAGUUUUGCUCAGGCCCAGCAGCGCCUAGCUCUGCGCCGACAGGCCCGUGAACGAGAAGCUCAAGCUCACCUCAUCGCCCAUCGCGACGCCUCCCGCGCCUGGUCACAGGUUACUCGCCUGCCCUUCCCCCUGGAUCGCUUGGGAUCUACCUCAUUGUCUGCAUGGGAGCUUGUCUCGUCGCGUGAAGGUACCAAGCCUGCCUUCCGCGUUGGCCAGGUUGACGCCGAGCUACUAGAUGAAGACCUGGUCCAGCAACUACGCGAUCAGGUUGGCGAGGCCCUCAAGUACUUGGGAACCAAUCUCAAGGAUGAUUGGGCUGCCGAGAUUCUGCUAGCUCUUCGGGCUAUAUUGUUCAAGCUCACCGUUUGGGAUCAUGAUGCUACCUAUGGUGCUGCCCUGCAAAACCUUAAAUACACCGAUGCGCGCCGUGAUGGCCCUGUUUUGAUACCCCCAAGUAGGUGGCAAAAGAGUUUGUAUGGCUUGGUGACGGUGGCCGGGAAAUAUGGCUGGGCGAAGUGGGAGAAUUGGCUUCUAGAUCAAGACAAUGGCUAUGAUGAGCCAUCACCUUGGAUCAAACGGCUGUCUAGCAUUACAACACGAAUCACAACCGUGCAUUCCAUGGCUGCCUUCGUCUCCUUUCUAGUGUUCCUACUUCAUGGGAGAUACCGGACACUUCUCGACCGCGUUCUAAGGAUGCGCUUGGCCCCUCCAACUAGUCAAGUCAGCCGCGAAGUGUCUUUUGAAUAUUUAAAUCGACAGCUAGUGUGGCAUGCGUUCACGGAAUUCCUUCUGUUUGUAUUACCUCUAGUUGGUAUUAACCGGUGGCGGCGAUGGCUAAGUCGUACGUGGAGAAAAACAAAGGAACUCAUCCACACCGGACACAAUGAUGAUGAUGAUGCAAGAGACAAGAAUGGAGAGUUUGCUUUCUUGCCUGAGCGUACCUGCGCCAUAUGCUACCAAGAUCAGAAUAGUGCAGUUUCGGAAACAGAAGUCCUAGCAGCGGCUACAUCGAGCGGCGUGGUAGGAUCAGCACAGACCGAUAUCACGAAUCCAUACGAAACAAUUCCUUGCGGAUGUAUCUACUGCUUUGUCUGCAUCGCCACACACCUGGAACGCGAAGAAGGUGAAGGCUGGACUUGUCUACGCUGUGGCGAGCUGGUGAAGGAGUGCAGGCCCUGGAGUGGUGAUGUUCUUUUGGAAGAGCAACCUAAAACAGCUUCCCCCAACUCCAAGCAUGUCGGGUUUGUAGACGAUGGAAACGGUAGCACUCACUCGGCUAAAGACAGCGAAGUGGAAGCCCAGGAUGCAGAGCCUAGUGUCAACACAGAUGAGACCAUUGAGGAUACGGAUUCUGAAAUUUAUGAAGAGGAAGAGGCUGGAGUGGAAGACAACUUCGAUGAAUAA